AUUUCGCGCUAAAAUCGUAACGCGAGCUUGUUUGCAAUCAAAUAUUUCUUUUCUUUUCUGUUAAUUGUUUUUAAUCAGUAAUUACUUGCUAAUAGUUAAACUAUGGAAGGUUUUGAUGAUCCCGGUGUUUUCUUCUCUGAUAACUUUGGUGUUGAAGAAAACGAGUCUCAGGAUCAAGUUAACCUCCAAGCAGUGAAGAAGAAGUUCAAAGAAUUCAUUCGUCAGUUUCACUCAGGAAAUUUUAACUACAAAUACAGAGAUGCACUCAAGCGCAAUUAUAAUUUAGGACAUUAUUGGGUGGAGAUAAAUAUUGAAGACUUAUCUAGUUUUGAUGAAGUUUUAGCCGAGAAGCUUUACAAGAAACCCACAGAACACUUGCCUAUUUUGGAAGAGGCUGCUAAAGAGUUGGCUGAUGAAUUGACAGCUCCUAGGCCAGAAGGUGAAGAAAAAGUUGAAGAUGUACAAGUAUUAUUGUCGUCAGACUCACAUGCUGCUAACUUACGAGAACUUAAAUCGGAAACAGUGUCUCGUCUCAUCAAAAUACCUGGCAUAGUUAUAUCUGCCUCAGGAAUCAAAGCCAAAGCAACCAAGAUAUCGAUACAGUGUAGAUCAUGCCGCAAUAUCAUCCCCAAUCUGCCUGUAAGGCCGGGCCUUGAGGGCUAUGUGAUGCCAAGGAAAUGUAACACGGAACAAGCUGGCAGACCCAAAUGCCCCUUAGAUCCUUACUUCAUCAUUCCAGACAAAUGUAAAUGCAUAGAUUAUCAGGUGUUAAAGCUGCAAGAGGCGCCGGAAAGCAUCCCGCAAGGCGAGAUGCCGCGCCACCUAUCGGUGUACUGUGAACGAGUGCUGUGCGAGCGCGCCGCGCCCGGCUCGCGCGUUACUGUGCUCGGCAUCUACUCUAUCAAGAAGAUCGCUAAAGUUGGGAGAGAGAAUCGCGACAAGGGUUCCGUCGGCGUACGCUCAUCCUACCUCCGCGCUGUAGGUCUAACAGCUGAAGAAGGAGUAACAGGCGGGCUGCGGCCCUUCACGGCCGACGAGGAAGAGCAGUUCCGACGCCUGGCGGCCGCGCCCGACGUCUACGAGCGGAUCGCCAAGUCCAUCGCGCCCAGUGUGUUCGGGGCUGUUGAUAUGAAGAAGGCUAUAGCCACGCUCCUGUUUGGAGGAUCUCGCAAGCGCCUGCCCGACGGCCUCACCCGGCGCGGGGACAUCAACAUCCUACUCCUGGGCGACCCCGGUACCGCCAAGUCGCAGCUGCUGAAGUUUGUGGAGAAGGUGGCUCCCAUCGGAGUAUACACGUCUGGCAAGGGCUCCAGCGCGGCCGGUCUCACUGCAUCGGUUAUUCGUGACCCGGGAAGCCGCAACUUCGUGAUGGAAGGCGGGGCGAUGGUGCUGGCCGACGGCGGCGUGGUGUGCAUCGACGAGUUCGACAAGAUGCGCGAGGACGACCGCGUCGCCAUACACGAGGCCAUGGAGCAGCAGACCAUCUCCAUCGCCAAGUUCGACAAGAUGCGCGAGGACGACCGCGUCGCCAUACACGAGGCCAUGGAGCAGCAGACCAUCUCCAUCGCCAAGGUGUUUAGGACGUCGUAUAAGUUUGCUUGA